CCGGCCGAGGGGGGCGCGGAGCUCACGGCCGUUAUCGGCGCCACCGUGCCCACCGGCUUCGAGCUGACGGCGGCCGAGGAGGUGCAGGAGAAGCUGGGCUCGGCCUCCAGGAUCAGCAGGGACCGGGGGAAGAUCUACUUCGAGGUCCCGGCCCGGGGCCUGCCGCAGGUCCAUCGCCUAAGGUCAGUGGAUAAUUUAUUUGUUGUUGUUCAGGAGUUCAAAGACUAUCAAUUUAAAGAAAAUAAGGAAGAUGCUCUAAAGGAUUUGGAAGAUUUGGUUAAAAAACUGCCUUGGACCGAUCCAUUGAAAGUUUGGGAGCUGAACAACAGCUUAAAAAAGAAAAAGACAAAACGCAAAAAACAUAAUCUGCAGAGUACUGCAAGCAAAGAGAAGUUGAAUGAGGAUGGACAAGGGGAAGGGACAGAUCAAAAAGACGCUAGUAAACAGGAGGGCUGUGCCCAAAACGCUGCAGGUGUAGAACCUGCUAGCGGCCAGGAUACAGAAAAGACACAAGGAGUGGCAUCCCAAAAUGGGGAAGAGGAGGAGGAGGAGGAUAAUGAACAAGCAGAUGCUAAAGACGAAUUGCAGGCGGGUUCUGGGAGUGAGACCAAGGCUGGUGACAGUAAGACAAGCGAAGGAGAGGCGAAGGUGUUGAAGUUCCGUGUUACGUGCAAUAGAGCAGGAGACAAGCACAGUUUCACGUCAAACGAGGCUGCGAGAGACUUCGGUGGAGCUGUGCAGGAGCACUUCCAGUGGAAAGCUGACAUGACUAACUUUGAUGUAGAGGUUCUUCUGAAUAUUCACAAUAAUGAAGUAGUUGUGGGUAUUGCAUUAACUGAAGAGAGUCUUCACAGAAGAAAUAUUACACAUUUUGGACCCACAACUCUUCGUUCAACUCUUGCUUAUGGCAUGCUUAGACUCUGUGAUCCACAGCCAACGGAUAUCAUAGUUGAUCCCAUGUGUGGUACAGGUGCAAUACCAAUAGAGGGAGCUACAGAAUGGCCUAGCUGCUACCAUAUUGCUGGUGAUAACAACCCACAAGCUGUAAAGAGAGCAGCAAACAACAUCUGUUCUUUACUAAAGAAAAAUGAGAAUAAGGAAAGCAGUACUUCCCUGGGCAUACCCUUAGACAUCAUUCAGUGGGAUAUUUGCAACCUCCCUUUGCGGACUGGUUCUGUGGACAUUAUUGUGACAGACAUGCCAUUUGGAAAGAGGAUAGGGUCAAAGAAGAAGAACUGGGAUCUCUAUCCAGCCUGCCUUAUGGAGAUGGGCAGGAUCUGCACACCAGGGACAGGCAGGGCUGCGCUGCUUACACAGGACAAGAAAUGCUUUGCCAAGGCCUUGUCACGAAUGGGACACAUCUGGCGCAAAGGUCAGACCGUAUGGGUGAACGUAGGGGGACUUCAUGCUGCAGUGUACCUUCUGAAACGCACCUGGGAAAGAGCAGAAGAAAAAAGGUCAUUCUGGUAACCUGCAUGGAAGAAGACAAGACACACCUCUGGAAUUUGUUGAAUAGUAGUCUGGUAAAGCAGACACCUGAGAGCACAGGUCUGUCAAUUCCUGAGGAAAAAAAAAAAAACAAACCACCUAUGUAGAAAUUGUAACAUGAAUAUUAAACCAGGGAUCAACUUGAGACCUACCAGUUGUACUAUGUGUUCUGAAACAUUCUUAUUUAAAUCACCUCUUUCCUCCCUGCCACCCAAACUGAAAUUCAGUAGUGGAAUUAGCAAUGCUUUCCUUUGCCUGAGUCUUCUUUACUGUGUCCAUUGUU